AUGAGGGAGAUUGACGCUCACUUCGACGCGUACGAGCAUUUGAAGCAUCUCCCCAGAGAUGGCGAAGCAUUGCACAUGCUCCGCAAAGCCGCAUCCAUGGUAAAACCGAUGAUGCGAAAGCGCGGCUGGAAAGUAAAAACAUUGGCUGAAUUUCUCCCCGAUGAGCCUCAACUCCUAGGCCUCAACAUCAACCGCACAGAGCGCAUUUUGAUUCGCCUAAGAUACCACCACGACUCGCGGCAAUUCUUAUCCAUGGAGCAAAUAACAGAUACACUGCUCCAUGAACUCUCGCACAUUGUCUUUGGACCCCACGACGCUGCCUUUAACAACCUCUGGAACGAACUCCGCGAUGAACACCAGUCACUGCUCUUCAAAGGCUAUACAGGCGAGGGUUUCUUGUCCCAAGGCCAGAAGCUAGGCGGUCGCCGCGUUCCUCUGGAUGAAAUGCGGCGUCAGGCUAGGAUCGCAGCUGAGAAGCGCAACCGCACGACUAGUUCCAACGUCAAUGCCAAGGAUGGAGGACAUCGUCUGGGCGGCGCACGACCUGUACAGCGUGGCAUCGACAUGCGCAAGGUCAUUGCCGAUGCGGCGUCGCGUCGGAAUAGCAUCACGGAUGGAUGUGCAAGUGGGAGUGCAAAUGCAGGAAGAUUGGUCAACCAGCAAGAGCAAGACGGCUUCCGCACCACAGCUGAACAAGACGAUGCUAACGAUUGGGCCAUUGCUCAAGCGCUGCAGGAUCUCAUGUACGAUGAGGAGAUGCAGAGGUUGGGUGCACCAACGGGCAAUGGCGGAUUGACCUGGGAUCCCGAGAAUGGGUUAGGUUUCGAUCGGGAUACGCCGCCUCGCUCGCAGAGUUCAAGUUUAUCAAGAGGGGGUUUGGCGUGGUCAAGCGAGAAUGGAUUAACAUAUGACGACCCUUCUUCAACGUCCAUCCUCGCGAAUCAAAAUCAUUCCACGCAAAACACGCAAUAA